CACAGGGAUCCGAUCACUUGUGUCUGGGCAGAGCCGGAGCCUCACGCGCUGAUCCGGGACCGGAGCCUCCGCCACCACAGGACCAAUGCCCAGAUACGAGAUGGCGCUGAUCCUCAAGGCCAUGCAGCGGGGUUCCUUACCAUAGUUCCUCCUGGUUCCUCAUGGUUAAAUAGCCGAUGGCUUUGGAAAUUGUCAAUGUAAAAAAAGUGCGUGCUAAGCAUCGGAUAUUGCAGGAGCUGGCAUCAAGAAAGCAAACCAAAGGACAAAGACUUGUAGAAUUUUUGCACUGUUUUUGACCAAAAGAAUCUGUGUGGUUUUUAAAGGAUUUUUUAAAUAAAAUAUCUGGACGUGUACCCCAUCAUCUAACCAUGAGGGCUUCACUGGAAGUGGCUGAUAUCGCCAUAGUGGCGCUGUAUUUUGUACUGGUGUUAUCCUUUGGAUUUUUUGCCAUGUGGAAAUCGAACAGGAGUACCGUCAGCGGAUACUUCCUGGCAGGUCGUUCUAUGACCUGGGCAGCUAUUGGUGCCUCCUUGUUUGUAAGCAAUAUUGGUAGUGAACAUUUCAUUGGACUAUCGGGAUCUGGAGCAGCGAGUGGAUUUGCAGUAGGUGCAUGGGAACUAAACGCCUUGCUGCUCUUACAGCUCCUUGGAUGGGUCUUUAUUCCAGUCUACAUACGCUCUGGAGUAUACACUAUGCCGGAAUAUUUGUCAAAACGCUUUGGAGGAUUUCGAAUCAAAGUGUAUUUUGCUGUAUUGUCUUUGAUUUUGUACAUCUUCACCAAACUCUCUGUUGACUUGUAUUCGGGAGCCUUGUUCAUCCAAGAAUCCCUGGGAUGGAACCUAUAUUUGUCGGUGAUCUUACUCAUUGGAAUGACUGCACUCCUCACAGUCACUGGUGGUCUAGUAGCUGUUAUUUAUACGGACACCCUCCAGGCCUUUCUUAUGAUUAUCGGGGCAAUGACAUUGACCAUUGUAAGUUUUGUAGAAAUUGGUGGAUUUGAAGAAGUUAAAAGGAGAUAUAUGUUGGCAACUCCAAAUAUCACCUCAAUAUUGCUGACCCAUAAUUUUACCAAUACUAACUCUUGCCAUGUCACGCCAAAACCUGAUUCUCUUAAAAUGCUCCGAGAACCCACCGAUGAAGAUGUCCCUUGGCCUGGCUUUCUCCUUGGUCAGACACCUGCAUCAGUAUGGUAUUGGUGUGCGGACCAAGUCAUUGUCCAGAGAGUGUUGGCAGCCAAAAAUAUUUCCCAUGCCAAAGGAGCAACUCUUAUGGCGGGGUUUUUAAAGAUUUUACCAAUGUUUUUAAUAGUUAUUCCAGGGAUGAUAUCAAGAAUAAUGUUUGUGGAUGAUAUUGCUUGCAUUAACCCAGAGCACUGCAUGGCAGUAUGUGGCAGCAGAGCUGGGUGCUCCAAUAUUGCCUAUCCACGACUAGUCAUGAAGGUCCUCCCAGUAGGUUUACGUGGACUCAUGAUGGCUGUUAUGAUUGCAGCCCUCAUGAGUGACCUAGACUCCAUAUUUAACAGUGCAAGCACCAUCUUUACCCUUGACAUCUACAAAUUUAUCCGGAAAAGUGCAACAUCUAAAGAGCUUAUGUUGGUUGGGAGAGUGUUUGUAGCUUUCAUGGUGGUCAUCAGCAUUGCUUGGGUCCCAAUCAUUGUGGAAAUGCAAGGGGGCCAAAUGUACCUUUACAUUCAAGAGGUGGCAGACUACUUGACUCCUCCAGUAGCCGCUUUGUUCCUGCUGGGUGUAUUCUGGAAACGAUGCAAUGAACAUGGGGCAUUUUAUGGUGGCAUGGUAGGCUUUGUGCUCGGGGUCACCCGUCUAGUAUUGGCCUUUGUUUACAGAGCCCCAGAGUGCAACCUACCAGACACUCGGCCUGGUUUCAUCAAAAAUAUUCACUAUAUGUAUGUUGCAACUGCUCUGUUUUGGAUUACUGCUAUCAUUGCUGUUGUAGUCAGCCUUUUGACCCCACCUCCAACGAAAGAACAAAUUAGGACCACUACAUUCUGGGCACUAAAAAACAAGUCCGUAAAAGAAAAACCACACAAAGAGGAUUCUUACAAAGAGCAUGACAAAAAUAUUGCACCUUCCACAGAUGACCUAAAACAUGGGCUUUCGAAUGGGAAGUCUGAGGACCAUAUUAAGACUAUCCAAACCGAGGAUGUAAACCUUCUAAUGACUUACAAAGAUGACUCUAAUCCAUUAAGUUCCUUAAGUGUCUCUGAAGCUGAGACUCCUGUGGAUUGUUACUCUAAUGGGCAAGCGUCUCUUAUGGGACAGUUACCCCCAGAGCUAAAUAAGGAGGACAAAAGCAGAUGCACAGUGUUUUUUGAGUGGUUCUGUGGGUAUAAAAACACCACUGCCCAUAAAAGAACCAUCAAGGACGAGGAGGACGAUGAAGCCGCAUGCUUAAAAAUGUUGGAAGAGAGCCAGAUUGUCAAGCGAGUUCUCAAUACUGGACUGGUUUGUGUUUGCUCUUUAGGGGUAUUCAUGUUCAUUUACUUUUCAUUGUAAGUGUAAAAUUUACCUUAUGCAGGGCGAAGCAAACAAUCUACAACUAUUGCCUUUUGAAGGAUGGAAUGAAGUCUUGGGCCAUUCCUUGCUCCAAUGCAUUGUUUACUCUAAAAAAAAAAAAAAGGCCUUUUCCAGAUUACCGUGACCAAACUAAGCUCUUUUACAUGUGCAAAUUCUUCAAGUGUAGGAGCCAUUUUAGAUGGCCCAAUUGGAGGCAGCCAAUGGGCCCAAUUGGCGCUUGUUUGAGCCUUCACAAGACUCAAUCAACCAUGUGGCCCAUUUAUAUUCAUUAUUGGCCCCACAUGCCCUGUUUAGACAGAGGUGUGUGGCCAAUAACAAUGAUUUUGUUGGCCGCACAAAAGAUUUAAUCAGCCAAUGAACGAGUGUUUGCUUGUUCGUCGACUAAUCGUUGGCAGAGGUCCCAUUGGAGGUUCCAAUUGCAGAGGUCCUAUUGGAGGUUCCCCAUUCUGAUGAUUAAUGGAGGUCCCAUUGGAGGGGAUUCCCCAUUCUAGUAAAGCUCUCAACAGUCGAAUACUUCCAAUCCACCAUUUAUUACCUAUUCAAUGAAGGUUAAUUUUGAAGUCUCAGAUACCUCUUUUAAGGGUUUGGUCCUAUGCUCAUUUUUACCAAAUAUGUAAUUUAAUCUAUUGAGGAACGUUUACUGGGAGGCACAGAAAGAGCACUUCUGUACUUGAUCCAUGGAGGGAUUCGGCACACCAAAUUUUAGAAUUAUGACUUUAUAUAUUUGUGUAUACAUGUGUGUUUUUUUUUUGUUUUUUUUGCCAACUACCUUGACUUUGCCUUAGUCUUUAAUCACGAUGUUACAAUGGAUAAUUUUCUGCCUUGUGUAUAUCUUUAGUUUUGGAUUAUGAGAGUAAUGGUUGUAUGUCUAGGCAAUCUGUCUGGUGUAAAUGAGUCCUUUAGUACCUAAUUUCAUAUCUUUGUUUUAAAUAUUUAUUACAAUUACAUUUUUACGGGAGAGAAAUUUGUGAUUAAUUGCAGUUAUAUUCAUCUUUUUGUACAGCUUUUAGGCUUCGUUUGUGCUUUUUUAGGAGAUGGUUACGUUGAUGAUUUUGGAAUAGUUUAUCUAUUCAGCACUUAUUAAAAAUGUCAAAUAUUUAUCAUAUCUAGGCUUUUUUUUUUUCUCUCUUUAAGGCACACUAAGACUUCAUGUAUCCUCCUAAUACAAGACCCAUCCAAGUGGAUAGUCCAUACUGUACCUCUGUAUGCCUGUACACAGAUAUACAGAGAGUAAUGUAAUACAUUUUAUCAGAAUCUGUAUGAAAGCAUUCAAUAGGCUUCCAUUCUAUAUGCACCCUCCAGUGCUAAACUGUAUGGAAAAAAAACAAUUAUAUAAUAAUUUAUUAUAAUUUUUUUUUUUUAUUAUAGAAAAGAUGCAACUCUACUCUAGCUGGAAGGCAGUUUUUAGCCAGAAGUGGAUUCCAAAGAAAUACUCAUACGGCUUUCUCCUGGAUCCACUUCCCACUUUGGCUCAAAAACUUCAGUGCCAGUUUUCCAAACAAUUCUGUGCAUGAUAGCAGAAAAAUAGAGCUGCUCCUCUCCAUGGGCAUGUCUGGUAUUGCAGGAAGUGUGGGCGGGGCAAGCAGGGCUCUGUGCAGUCUCCUUGCUUGUCAAUCAUCCUUUGUGGGAGCGUGUCACAGAGCAUCAGUGCACAGAGUACUUGUUAGUGUCCCAGUAGGUAGGGGGACCCCUGGUGGUUGGAUCUUCAGGAGGUGUUUUCUUUAUUAAAGGGGUGCUCCAGCAUUCUGAACAUUUUGCUCGGAGGCCGUGAUUGUGACAUCACGCCACGCCCCCUCCAUUCAUGUCUAUGGCAAGAGGGCAUGUCGGCCUACACGCCCCCUCCCAUAGCCAGGAAUGGAGGAGGGCCUGGUAUGACGUCUCGAGGGUGUGUGGUCAUGACUUCACGACCACUGCUGCAGGAACUUGACAUUUUGGAAAUCGCUGGGGGCCCCAGCAGCGGGAAACCCGAGAUCAGACCUCUUAUUUCCUAUCCUUCUGAUAGGGAUAAGAUGUCUAGCAGCGGAGUAUCCCUUUUAAAUAUUCAAAAUGUUUUAAACAACCAUAUUGCAAAAGGUCUUUAAUUUAAAUCAGUAUCAACGUAAUAAAAGUUUCUGUAUCUGACCGUGCCCAUUUAAAUAUGGAUCAGCUGUAAAGCCAGAUACAACUAGAAGACAGAUUUGGUGGUUUGUGAAAACAAAAUGAAGAUCCAAAAUAUUUGUGGGGUGAAAUUGGGGGAAAAAACAAACUCCAUUUUGUAACUUUUGGGGGCUUCCUUUUCUAUGCAGUGCACUUUUUGGUAAAAAUGACACCUUAUCUUCUAUAGGUCCAUAUGGUUACAAGAAUGCCCAAUUUAUGUAGGUUUUAUUUUAUUUGACUACUUUUAAAAAUAUUAUAACUACAUGCACCAAAAUUAGUAUGUUUUAAAGUUAUUUUCUAACCCCCUAUAACUUAAUUUUCCCGCUUACAAGGCUAUAUGAGGGCUCAUUUUUUGCGCCAUGAUCUGUACUUUUUAUCUGUACCAUUUUUAUUUUGAUGUGACUUUUUGAUCGCUUUUUGGAAAUUAUUUUAUGGGAAAUGAAAUGAUCAAAAAUUGCACAGUUUUGGACUUUGUCGUGUUUUUCGUGUUUUUUUUUUUUUUUUUACGUGUACGCCAUCCACCGUGCGGUUUAACCUUAUAUUUUAACAGUUACCACAUAUAUAUUUAUUUUUGAUCAAAUUAUUUGAUUAUUAAAAUGGAAAAAGGGGGGAAUUCAAACGCUACAAUCUUACGAUUGCAUACACUGUUCAAUACUAUGCCAUAGUAUAGCAUUGAUCAGUGUUAUCGGUGCUCUGCUGCUCUAGCCUGCCAUAGCUGUUCAGAGUGGACGGCGAGGAGGCAGGCAAGCUGCCCUGAGCUAACCGACACUUUGAUUGCGGCAUCUAAAGGGUUAGUGCCAGGCAUCAAAUUGACGAUGCCUGCUUAUAGCAACUGGGACCCACCAGGCAUGACGCGUGUUCAGCUCGUGAGCAAGCUUCAAACUCGGGUAAUGGGACCAGGGUGUAAAUGUUUGCCUUCGGUCCAUAAGUACCAUGACGCAAAGGGUGUAUCUGUACGCCCUUUGUCCUAAAGGAGUUAAUGUCAAUGAAUACAAUGCAAAUUCUGCUGAAUUCCCCCCCCCCCCCCAUAGCUCAUAUAUGAAACCUCCUCAGUUCCUCCUUCUCUCUAACAUGGUGCCAGUAGAAAAGACUACACUUUUAAUGCUACAGAUUCCUAUGAGCUCUGUAGAAAUCUGACUGAUUAACCUUGGUGUAGUGUCCUUUUUUAAGACAUUAUAGUUCCAUACUUUUGGAUAAUUCUCCUGUAUCUAGUUAGAAACUAAAAGCAUGACUUGGCUCCCACAAGCUUCUUCGAGAAGACGCCUCGGGUCAUUGCCUCCGGUUCAGCUCUCAAAACCUUCACAGUCAGAAUUUGAGGAAGAUUGCUAAUGAGGAAAGUUGUUAUAUGGCAAAUAUUUGCACAUGCUUUAAUAAGAGUGAAAUAUAGAAAAAGAUUUACCUCAUAAGUGAGCAAGGUGUGUGAAUCCUGCAGAGGGAGCUGCAACCGAAACAUGGCUUUAAAGGGGU